AUGAAUGUACAAGUUAAGUUUGCGCUGAUGUGCGCGGUGUGUGUGAUGUGCGUAUUUAAAUCGUGUGAAGCUCGAUCCAAACGAAUUCGACCUGUGAUCCACAAAUCAUUGCUUGUUGUUGACGAACAAGGAAUCGAUGUAAUCACAGAUGCGUCCGAGUUGACCAAGAAUGCUAUGACCAAGUCUCGCAAACGGAUUUUUAUGGACGACCACCAUUUUAUCAAGCGGGUGGCAUUGGUUGAGUCUUUCCUAAACAAAACAUCGAAGGAAGGCGGGCCGUGGAGCAUAGAAGAGUGCGCUUUUAAAUCGACGCAAAACAAGCGGAAGGAAAACAAGCAGCUGGCUGCGCUUCACAAGAACAUACGCCGUACAUUUGGUGUGACUUGGUCCAAAAUCAAAUACAGAGAUUUACGGAGACCCCUUUACUCCGUUUUGGCCGCCAGGAUUAUCCUGGAAAUGGCUGUACCGUCAAUUCCCCGUGGUUUGAGAAAUCAAGCCAGGCUUUGGUUGGAGACCUACCAUGAAUGCGCAAAGAAACUCAGCCACCCACAAGUAUGGGAAGACACGAGGAGCAGAUUUAUACGAGGCGAGUGUUUUGAUUUGUUUUAUUUUAUCCCAGCGUUUAUCCUAAGCAGUAGUAACAUGUCUCAUGUAAAAUGAAUUUUAAGCUUAACAGAGGAAUGCAAGCAUUUAAACCGGAAGCUCAGUAGUGGGUUCCGGUUCGGGACAUAUUUACACUGAUUAAACCGUACAAGGAACCAAAAGUAGAAGGGUCCUUGAGAAAUACGUGAGUGGUUCUAUUUUUGCAUGGUUUAUUAGGGAAGUCGGCCUUUAGAGUUGCAUUCUCAAUGACCCGCGUGUAAGUAAUUUUCUGCUACUCCUACCGCGUGCGUCCGGGGAGAAAAUUGAUCUACAGAUGUCGCUCACGCAAGACCCUUACUUUGUACUUUAUAUCCUAACCGUGUGCUAUUCUGAGAGAGAUAGGCCACGAAAGAAGUGCUUUUCUAUAGAGGCAUGAAUAGAAUGAUUCUACCAUCAUUUUUCAAACAACCGUGUGGUAUUCGCAAAUAAGCAAGUAGCGGCUAAUGGCCCAAGAUAAAUCUCAAAUUUCUGAACCAAAAUACCCGUCAUUAGUGAGAGGAAUUGGUUACAGCUUUAAAAAGGGCUGUGUCAGCCUUCCUAUCCCUGAAAACAUGAUCUUUCAGGUUUUUUGCCUACCCUGUGGUCUCGGGGUAGUUUUGAAUUCGCGGUAGUAGCAUCGUCUUUCAAGUUGUAAAAAAGUUAUGAAGGAGAAAUCUGCAAAAAAUACGGUGUUCUUUAUUACUUGUAAGCCUGGCAGUUGUUUAAACGUGUUAAAAGAGAUAUGUCGCUUGUUGUAUUCAGAGUUUCUUCUCGAUGUUCCCCUUAUUAUUAAUGGAGAUAAGUGUUUCAUAUGCGAGAUAUUGAAAUAUGUUUUUUUCCCUUUUUUCAUUAACCAGUAACAAGGCGACAUUUUUUGGCGGCUGCAAUUUCACAUGAGGUCAACAAGCAAAUUGAAGUACGGGUAUUGAUUAAGUUACGCGAUAAGAUAACUGUAGGGAAAGAGUUUGGCACGUUAGCGGUAAGCCCGAACUGAAUAAGUAACAGCUGAAGAGCUGUGAGAACCGUAAGGAAAGAAGCUUGCCAAAGAAGCUUGAAAAACUACAAAAAUGCCGAUCAAAUAAGGAAAAAAUGCUAAAGAGUUGAGAUUUGCUUCAGCUUGGCGUUUGGCUACUUUUCCAAACUUCUAAUGAUGUUUGAUUUGCUUCACAGAGCCACAUUCCUUCCAGACUAUUCGGCUCUGAAUACGAAGAAGACGUAAAAAAUCUCCUGCUAAAAUUUCUUUUGACUAAAAUUCGAGCUUUUUUAUCGUUUGAUGAGAAAAACACAUUCUACAUUAGGAAAUCGCACUGGCAUUUUCAGAGGUAAAAGGUUGCGUAUUUGAGAGCAAACGUUAUUCUUAAAUCACAGUGGAUGCAAGGAUGGUUUAAGAUUUGUUUUUAAAACCCUUUCAUUCUUCCGGACUCUUGUUUUUCUUAUCAAAACUAUGUUUUUUCAUUCAGUUCAGUUUGAAAGCAGUUGGAAUGGCUUGAAGAUAAAAACAAUCGGAGGCGAUGAACAAACAGGAUUUGUGGAAAAUCCUAAAUGUAAACAUCAUUUCAAAUACCGAUUACUCAUUCGGUGGCAUUCAGUUUAUUUACCCCUGCACGUUUUUGCUGUCAAUUAUGUUGACACAUGUUUCGUUAUCGAAAAUAUGUAUUUGUUCAAGAAUAACGAAGAGGAAAGUACUUAAUAGUUUGGCUAUGAUUAUAUUUCCUGUUUGCCAACCAUCGAUUGAUUCAGCCCACCCGCAUGUCAAUCGUUGACACCUAAGUUUUUUUUCCACCCAUGCACGAGGCUUCUGAGCUUACUGUGCUGUUCAUUUUGACGGAGCUUAUUCGUGAUUAUCCUUGGCAAUUGUUUGUUUAGUCUUGUGAAACAUUCUGAUAUUUCCACAGUACAAGCUAGUGCUCCAAUAAAGUUUUUCGCCUUGUAAUGAUUGCUGUGCACCCUGGUCGGUCGCUGAGUGGAGUUUCAUUGAGCACCAGAUUUCGAGAGAUAUCAAUACUUAGUUUAUCUUUAAAAAAAAAAAGAGUUGCUUUUAAGGGUUAAGCAUCUUCACUUUAUGUUUUUCUCACGAGAAACUUUUUUCAGGCCCAUAACAAACAGCGAACUGAUGAAAAGAAGUUGUCAAUAAGAAAAUUCUUUAUUCGAAAUUUUAACUGAUGUCAUUGCUAUACACGUGAAUGCGGUUUACUACCUAUGGCCGAUUGCAUUUUUUCUACGGUUAAAAAACGGAGAUAGUUAUGAACAAGCAGAAGUGCCCAACAAUUUCUGUAUUUUUUCGUGGAACUGGUUUGUUGUCCCUCGCCGAGAUGACCAUUUCAUACUUCCUCAUCUUUGAUAUACAGCUGGGUUAAAUUUUCUUUACUCAGUCACAGUAAUGUUUGUGUUUUUUUUCACGUGAUACUCAGCCUUCGUUGGGCGAAGACAGAAAAAACCUUAUUUCAUUUAUCGUAAUUAUAUUCGCAUGAACUAAGGAUUACCAAAAAACAAAGGAUCGAUGAAUUUGGGACGAAAGAAAAAGAUCCUUCGACUUGACGUUGGCAUAGCGGGAAACAGAUGCAGUUACAACGUGAAGAGCUUUGUGUAAUUCACAAUCGUUUUGUUGAUGUCAUGAUAUACAUAUGAACUAAAAAUUUAUGUAACAUCUACAUCAAGCUCCCUAUCUGCUUUUAUUUUCGCCCUUCUGCUUCACGACUCUGGUUUUAUUUUCUCUGGCUCAGCUGCUGGUCAAUUUAGAGGAAAUGUUUAGAGAUAUACAAAGUCUUUUUCUUUUUGCACGACGAGAUCGAAGAAAUGAAAAACUCCUCGAUCUCUUUGAAAAUUUUCUGUUUGAAGUUUCCCAAUGUUUUCUUGGACAAAAGCGGCUGACUCGGAAAAAAGAAACUUAGAACUCAUUCCGGAGACACCAAUCUGCGGUUUUCAAUCAACUACUUUGAGAGUCAUGUCUGACGCAAGCCGUCCAAGUGGUGGUUUUAAUCACGAUCAGUUCAAUUUAUCUGCGAUCUUUAAGACGUUUAGGUGCAAGGUCACAUUAGGAUGUUUCUUUAUUAUGCCUCUCACUAGCCAUAUUGAAUUCGUUCUUAAAGAUCUUAACCUGUAUCUGUAGAUGGUAAAUGCGGGCAUAAGUGUGAUAUUGCGGUGAUUUUUUUAGCGCAUAUAUCCGAAAAAAGAUCCAAUUAUGAUCCUAAUUGAAUCAGUAUAUCUGGUUUACAGGCUUGACCUCAUGUCUCCCUCUGAUGUGUUUAAUAAACUCCAAUUCUUUUCGCUCUAGUAGAGGAAGAAUCAAACACAUUGUAGCCGACCUCACUUUUUUUUUUCUUCAAUUCGUAAACUAUAGCCGAGGGCAUGGGAUCUUUUUCUUCAGAAGGUCACCCUAACUUUCACAAAAGCAAAGUAAACUCGAGAUUUCCUCCCAGGAGUCUGCACAUUUCCGAUGGGUUUUUAUGUCGGCACGUACAUAUCAAAUAAGAACCGUUAGUUUUUAUAAAAAAGCUUUUUAGCAAAAAGGGGCAAACAGUAUCAUAGUGGGGGCCGAUUUCAUGAAAACAAACCCUUCAAUAUGGUUUGCGCGCACACGAAUUUACGAAUUGAGCAUCUUCAUUAGACGGAAAAAGUCAAGUUAAAGAAAGCACGAUGGACUCAAUAAUGAACUUACAGGCCCAAACUUGUGACAAACUCUGCGAGUAAUUUGAAAUUGAGCAAUAUCUCACUUCAUCAUAUACUCUCAUUUUCUGUGGUAACCGAAAAACCGCAGAUUUUCUUAGGUUGGUGAAAGCCGAGAAACCAAUCCCCUAUUCGCAAAAGCGAACUUUCUGAUGCACCUCUUGAUAUUUUUUGCACCUUUAGAAAUUAUCGUGAAGUAAUCAGCAACUUGACACAAACUGCAUUCUGAAAACAUAAAAUAGUUCGAUAUACCUCUAACAAUGCAGAAAGCCGUGACUGUUCUGUAUAUUAUUACUUAUCGGUCAAGUACCAACGGAAAUAGUGUCGAGCUGGUUAGGUGAGAUGAUCGUUGAUUAUUAGAGAUCGUUGAUUAUUAGAUUUAUAUUACCUUUCACGAGUCUAGACAUACAGAAGACAUGCAAAAGAAAUCAGAAGUAUCAACGAACUUUACAGUAAGAAGGAACCUUAAAUAUUUGUAAGCAGACUUAAUAUGCUUUUACUUUUGUGGUUGGUAUGUUAAUGGUUUUUUACUAAAAAUCGUUGCCGCUCAGCUCCAGGUCAGUGAAGAGGAUAAGGUCAUGGAAUAAACUCACCUACUUAUCCGGUGAUAGGAUUUCUAGCAAAGAGAUUUCCGUAAAUUCUCUUUUUCCCUCGCAAGAAUCCCAUGAAGUAUAAUUGAUCAUUAUUCAAUUUCAGCCUCUCUCCUUGUUGAUAAUCAAACGAACCCCCAGGCCAUUUAUGAUAGCGUUUCGAGCGUUAGCCAUUAGUCAGAGCGAAGGACGAAGGGCGAACGCUCGAAACGUCAGCCUUUAAUUUCUUUACGGUGACCAAUUUACGUUUCCAACUCAGUUGAUAACAUUAAAUCAUCCUGUGAUAAUCUCUUAACGACGCAGCACAACGGUUUCUUUAGAAACUUACCUCCUUUAUCUAUUUAUAAUGGGUUAGGGCCGCGUCAGCUUUACAAGAGAUUAAAAGAUGUGUUUGUAAAAUGAACUCAGAGCUUCACCUGGUGAAGUGAGAAGAAUUGAAGUCGUCUGAGGUAUAAAACAACCCCGCAUCAGUUUCUUUAUCCUAGGGUUUCAGUAAGCGUUAAGUGUCCUAAAACUCCCCAUCAGCAGUCCUGACUGAAGGCUUAAGCUCAAAGUGAACGACGCAUUGUUUUCUUCUUUUCUUUUAGCGUAGUGCUACGGCACUGAUCUUCUUUAAUAUACAUCAACUCGCCGGGAAUGAUUUUGGACAUGAUACGAUUAUCAACAACCGGGGUGCAGUUGUUCAAAGAGCUAAAUCGAUAUCCAGCGGAUAAGAGUUCACAAAAUGUACCGUGCUAUUCACCGUAUAGGGAGUUACUCGGCGGAUAGCGUUAUUUAACCUUCCAACAACCGGCCGGGGCCAGUUACAGAUAGCUUCCUUUUUUCCCCUUGGUUAUUACUUGUAUCUCUCUGUUUCUCUUUGGUUGGCGAGAGCAUCUGAGCGUGAGACUUUUGCUCGUUUACAGGCUACUGAAAUACUUAAAAGGCAUACUUUGUACGUGUAGUUUAGCUGUGUGAUUUUCUAGAUCAACGAAAAAGUGACCAAAGCUGACCAAAGCUGACCAAACGCCCUUUGGUAACGGGGACUGAGAAGUUGUACUGAUUUGGGAAGCUAUUUUACUUUUAAUGUAUUUACUUGGACAUUCCAUUAGUCAUGUUCAGAGUAGAGAUUACGGCAGGGUCAGAAACUAAGAAAUGUAGUCGUUUGAAGCCUUUGCGAAGACAGACUUUCAUUUCAAAACAAACAAGCUGUUUAGUGUCAUAUUAUUCAAGACAAUGUUAUACUGAUUUCAUUUCCUUUGUUUUUCCGCCCUUAAUAGUUGUGAAGAAUUCUUGUGCCAGUAACUUUCUAAAGUGUGAACACGUCUGCCGCGAGUCAAGCAAGGGUAGAGCGAAAUGUGAGUGCCAGUAUGGCUAUACCUUGCAAAAUGACGGCGUGUCUUGUUCAGGUAAAUAAAAUCAAGCCAGUCAUUGCUUUGUCGCAUCAGCGGGAAUUAUCAUCACACUUCACUAUAGAGUUUUCUUUACCUCUUGUGAUUUUGUUUUUCCUCGACUUUCCCAACAACCCAGCUUUGUUAUCAAUGUUCUUUAUGGGAUAGCAGUCAUAAAUCUCAUACCACGAUCACUUCACACCCUAAAAAACAAUCGAGUACUAAAUAUUUAUUUUCAUUUCAGACGGAGCUUCUCGUUCUCCAAGCGGGACUAAAGCACCCUCUCCCGAGCUGGAAGUUGAAACCGGAUGUGGGAAUGGGCUUAAGUGUGAUCAUAGGUGUGUUGAAUUUGGCGGUGUUCCUCAGUGCGCAUGUCAUAAUGGUUACCAGCUGCAUAUGAAUGGUUUUACCUGUGAUGGUAAGUGGAAUUGUACAGUAGUCAACGUUACUUGCCGAAAGUUAGCAACCUUCCACUAGAAGUGAUUUACAUGUAACUUCUCCCUACAAUAUCCAUACACUAUCCAACAAACAGGUAGUGAGAUAACUCACACUUAUCAAUUAGAGGUUCUUAUCACGAUAUAACACUAAAUUCUUGUAACUAAAUUACAAAGAAAUGUGUUACAGCUAAAUGGGAGAAUUAACAAUCAGAUCUUGGGAGUUAAAGGGUUAAAGCCUUUCAAUCAGAGAAUGAUUCCAAUGUAUGUGACCACAUUAGUCUGUUAACAGUGCUCCAUCAUUCUUGUUGGGUUUCAGAUAUUGACGAAUGCCGGCAUUCGCCAUGUUCACAGCUGUGCAAAAAUACCCCAGGCUCAUUUUCCUGUUCGUGCCAGGCGGGUUUCAAGAUUCAGUCAGAUAAGGUUACCUGUGAAGGUAAAUCAAGGAGUUCCCUCAUCCUGUUUAUCUUUACUAUUGGAAAACAAUGCAGAGACAAAAUUCAUGUUUAUAAGGUAGCAUAGUCGGCGUUUUAUGGCCGUAGAUGUAAAUGAUCUUCUGAGUUUUCCAUGUCUGCUAACUUUUUCUCUCAUCACUUUUAAUAAAAUUUUUUGCCAGAAGAAACAUAUAAUUAAAAUCGAUAUAGUCUAAGUGUUCAAGUUUUCCAUUCUUUACAUUUAGGACGAGAGAUGACUUUUGAUUAGAGGUGCAUUCUCGCUUAGCGGAUGAAUGGGUUACGUCAUAGUCAGAUACUCAACCGAGCCGAAAACACAGAAUGUUACUUGGCAGGCAAAGAACGAAUGAAACUGGACAUGAACGUAACUGUUGCGUGUGUUUAUUUGCAGAAGAGAAGACUAAGUGUUCAAUGAAUGAUAUCGCUUGUAUUCAGAGAUGUACCGAGUUUGGAAACUGCUCCUGUCCACCAGGUACCGCCAUGGGUCCAGAUGGCCAAACAUGUGUCGGUAAGUCAGGGACGCUGAGUGCACAAUGGUUUGCAAGUUUCAGCAGCCAAACAUCUCUCAGAUACUCAUGCUAAGUUAUAAGCGACAAGCUCGUGACUUUUGUUGCAUGUAAAACGUACAAUCUAUGAUGACCGAACAAGUCAACACACUCACAAUGUAACUCACUAAAAUAAUUUCCGGUGAUUUGGCGCAUUUGUAGACAUUUGUUGAUGUUUCUACCAAUUACCAGACAAGAUAUAGAGUGAACAUUAUUCAAAUACUUUGCGUCGUACUCAUGAGCUUUAGCGUCAUAUGGGCCAAUUUGCAAUUGAUUUAUUAGUAAAGUAUGAAGAACUCUUUAUCUAUAAGAGAACCAUCUUUCUUGAUACGCUAUCUCUUGUUCUCAGAUGCAGAGAACGUUUUAUGAUAACAAACACGUCUUAUCGCUUACUUCACAUCGCCGAGAGCUUCCAAAACAAUGUGUGAAUCACCUUGAAUCGUUUACUUAACCAAUAUCUGAAACCUGGACCACUGAAAAAAGACAUAGUCUUCAUGGAUUUGUGAAAACUCGCCGUUUCUAAAUCAAGAACCCAUUUUCAGUCUAGCUGCCAUAUCGAGCUUUUUUCACUUAAAUGGUCAUGCAAAUUUUUUUCCACUUUCACUGAGCAGAUCAUUUCCCUGUUGAUUGUUGUGUAUCUUUCUCCUUCAGAGGUAAAUGAAUGCAGCUUAUUCAAAGGUGUUUGUCAUCAGAACUGUAUCAACACGCCCAGAGGGUACCGCUGCACAUGUUCCAAGGGAUAUGAGUUGAAUGUGAAUGGAAUUUCCUGUUCAGGUGAAAAAAGUUAGACAUUUUAGUGUCUGGGAACAUUUAAGAAACGUCACGAUUGACGGCUGUGUUAAGAUUUCUGCAGUUUAGUGGUUUUAAUUCCUCCGUGGAUGCAAUGGAUUCUCAGCCUAGACUAAGACUGCAAGAAAUUUGUGAUAGAAGAAUGAGGGUAAACAUUACUCUUGAACGUUUUAUUGAGUAUUCCAUAUUAAUUCGUUGGUUUUUUUCAGAUAUCGACGAAUGCGCACGAGGUAUCCAUGGCUGCCACCACAACUGUCGUAAUGUUCCUGGAUCUUACUUCUGUUCAUGUAGCAAAGGAUUCCAGCUCAGUGAUGACCUGAAGUCAUGUGUUGGUAUGUGUCGUUCGAAUACCUUUGAAUGCUUUUGUAUUUUGAGAGACCUUUUUGAAUCACAUAAUAAGCUGUCAUCAUGUCUAAAAAGUGCUUUUGCUUUCGUUUCCUCUAAGUUGAAGAACAUGUACACAUUUAGAUAAACAACUUGGGCGUCUACCCUUUCAUUCAUAAUUUUCUGUUCAGAUUCUGAAUGAAUAAACGAAUUUGUUUUUCUUAAAACUUCUCUGGUUUUAGAUAUAAACGAGUGUGCAUUGUACCCUGGGAUAUGCCCCCUUCCUUCGCGAUGCCGCAAUACCAUUGGAAGCCACACUUGUGAUUGUCCCAAGGGAUUUGUUAAUCACAGACACAAGAUUUGUAUCGGUAAGUAGAUUGCCGUCGUUAAAUGAGGUUUGAUCAAAGUUGGGUUUCGUUUGAAAUUGAUGUCACCGACAAACUUAUUUCAGACGAGAACGAAUGCGCAAACUCCAAUGGCGGCUGUGACCAGGUGUGUCAGAACUACCCAGGAAGUUACCGAUGCUCCUGCAAGUAUGGGUUUAUGUUACAGUCUGACAGGAAAUCAUGCAAAGGUGAGCAGAUCAGAUGAUAGCUUUUUAUGUUCUAAAUACAAUAAAACAGAAGUAAACCGGCAGACAGUGUAAGUCUAACUAGAGAUCACUCGAGUGUUGCUGUUAACAAGAUGCUUUUUUUUUAUUGCCCUAUAUCGACUCAGUAGGUGGAUGUUUUGCGAAAAAUAUUGAAAAUCGAGAAUUGUUCUAGAGAGGGUACAUGUUUAGGGGAAACCAAACAACAAAGAAUUUUUCACCGAGAAUGCCGACCUGCUAUAGAAGAUAUUGACUCAAAUUAAUUAGAAUUUUUUCUUUUUGCUUCUAGAUAUCGACGAAUGUUCCAGAUAUUCGUUCCUCUGUCAGCAUAAAUGUGUUAACACGCCGGGAAGCUACAAAUGUACCUGUCCACCUGGUCUGCGGCAACCUAUAAACGGCUUUAUGUGUAUGUAGAAAUAACAGUGUUUCCUUUGUACCGUGAGUGAGAUUCUCUGACAGCCUCACCACUCACGCACUUGGGCAAAGGUUAUAUUUCCUCAUUAAUACACUGUUAAAGAACCCAAAGAUUCUGUUGGAGUAAAAACAUUUUCAAGAUAAUGCUUUCGUCUUCAGAAGAAUAGAACAGUAAUUGAGUCAGAAUUGUUUCAAUGUAAAUUCAAGCUUAGUGCAGUAGGUAAGACCAUAAAAGAGGAUCAAAAUAUUUAUUUCAACCUAUCGAGGACUGCUACUUGACAAAACGGCGAGAGGCUGUAUCAUGUCAACCUUUGGACUGACCUUAAACAUGAGAGUGGAUUUGACUUCGGUGGACAAACGAUGGUUACCAAGGUCCCGUGUUCAAUUUAUCAAACCUUGUCGGAAGUCAAGGAUAUUUUGACAAUCUUUUUUGAUAGAGGGUACAUGAGGAAUGUAAAUAUGGAAAGUGUUUUGUCGUAUUUAAUUUACCUUGAUAGGGUGGCGAGUUUUAAGAAUUGUCUCUGUUUUAAAUCUAACAUGCAUAUUUGAGUAAAUUUCAACUGUGUGUUCAAUCCCGGAUUGUUGUAUGAUUGGCCUAAAAAACUCGCGCCACUCUUUCAACCAAUCAAAUUAAAAACUAAACCAACCGCGACUUUCCCGAGCUUCAGACUUUUUAUUAUUAUUUUUUUAACCUUUGCGAUUCUAGUAAUACUUACCUUUUUCCUGAAUGGCUGUUGCGCCUACUUUGCUUUUGGUUUUAUGACACUCAAUCGAAAAUUUUACUUAUGUCACAGAUAGUGCGAAAAAUCCAAGCUCACUUCCUAGCAUCUUUGGCAAUUUUCAUGUAGCACCAUUACAGCCAAGAUUAGUGACGAGUUUAGAGGAACAAUUAUUCGUCAGUAAUUAACACAAGUUUUGGACAAAUAACCUGUCCAAAUUACCAUCCAACUUGUUUUAAAACGUCACGACAGGCCAGAGGACGCAACAAAGACAUAAGAUAGUUGUGUAACUUCAGUACAGGAGUAAAACUUUUUUGUUUCCUUUGGGUAAGAAGCAGAUUUUGUUUAAUAUCUAUACCUUUGUGAUUUAAAAUAACAAAUUUGGAUUUUCUUGAAAGGAACCAAAUUAGCCUUUGACCAAAGGAACUGAGAUACUUCAUUGUAUACUCCAUAUUUAGAUUUAACGAAAGAUCAGAUGUUAUUUGUAAGAAUGGCAAAACAAUUGGCCCCAUAAGAUAAUUUUACCCUCGAUUACAACUUUGAGAGAGGGAAAUAAUCACAAACACCCUUGCCAAAUACGGAACAUCCAAAUGUUCUUGUAACGUCCCUGCAAGUCUCGCGGGAAGGAGGAAUAGCACUUAUCUGACAGUUUAAAUUGUACAUAAAUUUAAAUAUGAAUAAAUGAUGCUUG